AUGUAUGUUUCUCUCUCCCCAGCAGCAACGGCGGGAGCAACAGCAGAAGAGACCCUCCUGUCUAUACAGCGGAGAUUGCUAGCAGCUGCGAGUAUUAAAGGGCAAACAGAUGUUGUCUGUCUCCUUUUGUCUCUUUCUGUCUCCUUUUGUCUCCUUUGUGUUGCCUCAAUAGAAGGAGGCCCGCAGCCAGAGGCCCUCCCCGUCGGUCUCUGUCCAGCGGUCUGUGCGGCAGCCACAGCCACAGCAGCAGCAGCAGCAGGAGAGGAGACAGUAGAAAGCAGGAGAAACAGAAAGGAUAUAAACAAAACUUGUUUCUGUUUUUGUCUCCUUUCUGUUUUCCUCUUCUUACGCCUGGGCUGUCUGCAGCCAGAGAGAGACGCACUGUCUCCGUUGGGCCUGCGGAGGAGGAGACCCUCAGCAGCAGCAGCAGAGCAGCAGGAGCAGCCAGAAGAGACCUUCAGCAGCGGCUGCAGCGGCAGCGGCAACAGCAGGAGAGCAGCAGAAGCAGCCGCAGCAGCAGCAACAGCACGACAGCAACAGCAGCAGCAGGAGGAGACGAUGCCAGUAUACGCCGAGGGCAUCCGCCACGAGCGGAACUGCCCGGUGGGUGAGACAGAAGAAGCAGCAGCAGCAGUAGCAGCAGGAGCACUUUCUGAGGAUGAAGGAGACAGUUCUGACGAGGAGACAAUAUAUUCACAGCAGCAGCAGCAGCAGCAGCAGCAGGGGAGACGCAGCAGCAGCAGAGGAGCGCAGAAACUCUGCACCGAGAAACGCUGCUGCACCUGGUUUGACCUGGCCAACUGGUUUGGCUUUCUCCCCCCAGAGCUGCCCCCCGCUGACUUCGAGGCUUGCUUCACAGACGUAGCCAAUGGGGGACCAGGGCUAUACGAGAAGCUGGUGGUGUUGGGUGCGAAGACUCUAGACAUAGUCUCUGAGAUGCAUUUCUAUGAGAUGUAUCCCGAGGCCUCAAAGAGCCUGGGGGUCCCCUCAGACCUAUAUGCAGACCCAGAGGCGUUGCGUUUGUUAUGGUCUCGGCGUAGAGCAGAGAGAGUUUGUGCUUUGCCUUCUCUUUUUCUCUUUGGGAAGAGUUAUCUAGCAGCAGCUCAGGGGCUCCCUACUCGCCUUUCUGUUGCGAAAUAUGUUAAGGCUUGUGUUGGCUUCUGCUGCCAAAGCGCAGACACAGAGAACCUCUACAAGUGGAUGCCAAUCCUUAUCGAGCACAUCUUCUGGGCCCAAAAGCUAAGAACCGAACGACUCCAGGAAGACAACGCGUUGCUGCAGGACUUGCAGGAGCUCUUUGGCUACAAAUUUGAUCACCUCAUCCCCCGUAUUCGUGAAUGUAUUGAGGGCGCGGCGGUGCCGCAGCGUUCAGAUUGCCCCACGGGGCGAGAGUUACUGAAGUUGUAUGCGACGGACUAUUUUACAAGACUAUCAGAGGAGGCAGGAGUUGAAGCUUCACGCCGAGUGGUCUGGGUUGAUCAGGAGGUGCACAACUUCCUUGAGGGCCCCGCCAUCCCCGUCUUUGCUGUUGCAUGCACCGCCUUGGCGCCCUUCGUGCUCGCCCUGAAGGACGAGGGCCCGACGCGGGCGCAACAGUUUGUGGGCAUGUUUGAGGCGUUACUGGCGGCCUGUUGGGUUAUCUCUACAGAAGAAAAAGUCAAAAUUUGGAUGCCCAGCCUCAUUCAGCGCCUGAGACAGACCCAGUUGGUGUUGCAUAUGGCUCAAAUGGGAGAUAAGUAUUUCAUCAACAGAACGCGGCUUCAGAAGCCGGCAAAAAUCCCCAUAGAGCCGCGCCAGAUCGCCGCCGCCAACAACGGCUUCCUCGAUCCCUUCGCCCUAUGGAACGUAGACCCCAUGAGGCGGCCCCUAGCAGAAACCCCAGUGGAGUACCCUGGACCCCCGCUGUACUACCCCGGGCCCCGCGGGUCGACGCUUGAGGCAGUUUGCCCUCCCUGCUGCCUUUUGCCGCCUUCUCGACCUCCUCCUCGCCCCAUACCUGGGAGACCAAGCAAGAAGAAUGUCACGCUGUUUGACUCUGAAGAGAAUAGAUACGAGCUGUACCCCCUGGGACCCCAGGUGUUUCCGCUCCACCGAAGACGCCAGAACCUGCAUCUCUCAAACAACAACACAAGAGAUGGCCGUUCCGUCCGAAGCUGCUGCUCGGGGCCCCCCUCCGGCACUGCAGUCUUCUCGGGGGGCCCCCAAGACAAGUGGGCGCAUGUGCCGCAGCGCGCUGUUGACGUUUCCAUUCAAACUGCUGCACAGCUACGGCCCCCAGCAGCAGGAGGACAAGAUGCCUUUGCUCCAACCUGGACACGGGAAUCCGGGAGGCCCUCGGGGACCCCCGGGGGGAACCCGACAGCUGGGGGCCCCUUGCCACCAGGCGCCCCCCAAGCACCGUGUGCGCCUACCUCUCGGGCCCCGGCGCCAUUCAGCGGGAGUGAGGAGCCCAGAGUAAAGAUUCGUUAUGUAACUGAUGACAGCGGGGCAGAUAACGCGCAGAAGAACACCGUUGAGGUGUACAUAGACGACGUGCUUGUGCAUGAGCAAGCGCUGCCUUCUGAACAAGACCUCGCGUGCACCGAGUUCAAAGCGGUUCUGUCAACUCCUAAUGGUCUUCCUGUGGUGCUGAACUUCGCGCGAAACGGAGAAGACGGAAAGCCGACGGUGUACAUAACAGACGGGCGGUCUGCCGCCCGGGACACUGCGGGAACCCUUCUUGUUGAAAGCCCCCCCUUGCCUGCGCGGGGGGCCUCUCUUAAGGAUAUACAUGCAGAAGCUGCAGCAGCAGGAGCCCCGGCACAGAGCGCAGGCUGCUGCUUCACGGCAACCUGCGGCCCCAGACGCCCCCAUCCAUCCUUUGGGGGAGCAGCAGCAGCAGAUAGGGGGGCCCCUGUGGACAUUGUAGUUAGUCCCGCUUACCCUUUACAAGCAGACAGAAGAAGCAAAUACGUCGUUGAAACCCAGGAUGUAGAGGCUCCAGCUGACGCCUGCAUCUUCGGCAAUUACCUCAAGGGCUGCAUGGCCUCUCCUGCCCCUCGCACCCCGCAACCCUCAUGGGAGCAAAUGCAGCAGCAAGUACGCGUGCCUGCCCCUCAGGUGUAUACUGUGCCCCGUAUUCGGGCCUACACGGCUCGUGGGGGCGGCCAGCGCUGA